AAAAAUAGCUGAAAGCCAUCCAUCACAAAAAUUAAAGCAAACCAUUUGUUUAAUAUGGUAAAACUUCAUGAAAAAGCUCAUCACCAUCACCAAAAAUGACAACCUCGUAUUACAUGCCAUUGUUUUUCACUUGGACCCAAAACCUCUCUUUCUGGUUGUGGUGGUGGUAGUGGUGGUUUCGAUUCGAUUUUGCUGGUUUGAGGCCAUUAAUGGUGACUCCACCGGCACGAAAAGUAAUGGUGGUAGCUGACCCGGCUCCCCAUUCUGCGGCAGCCCUCCAAUAUGCACUUUCUCAUGCAUUGUUAGAACAAGAUGAACUCAUCCUUCUUCAUGUUGAAAACACUAGUUCAUGGAAGAACACAUUGACUACUUUCUUAAAGAGGCCAACAAUUGCUUCAGCUGCUAAUGCUAUGACACCUAAUAAUUCUUCCGGGCCGGAUUGGGGUUCCACCGAUGUUAAUUUCCUUGAUCAAAUGAAAUAUGCAAGUGAGAUUGCUCAGCCCAAAAUCCCUGUACGUAUAGAGAAAAUCGAUCCGGAUGGUAAAGAUAAAGCUACUGUGAUCCUUUCUAAAUCUAAAGAUCUUGGUAUUGAUCUUAUUAUUAUUGGCCAAAAACGAAGCCUCUCUUCAGCAAUUCUUGGAUAUAAACGACCUAGUGGAUCAAUGAAGGGAUCGAAACUGAUAGAUACCGUAGAUUAUUUGAUUGAGAACAGCCCAUGCACUUGUGUUGGAGUGCAGAAAAAGGGACAAAAUGGAGGAUAUGUCCUCAACUCCAAGACCCAAAAGAAUUUUUGGCUCUUGGGAUGAUUUUUCUUUUAGACUUUUCUUCAUCAUAUCUCCAGUACUCAGUUUCAUCAUCUCAACUGAGCUUUCUUAUUAUUUUCCCUUUCUUUCUUUUUUCCUUCAGUUGGAAUACUUCAAAGAUUUGUAAAUAUUUUGGAACUUUGGAUACGCAGCUGAAAACCAAAGCCUUGUUUUUAUUAUUUUUUUCCAAGUUUUUCUUUAAAUAUUUGUUAAAUAUGUUCAUA